AGCCUUUAGUCCUGCCUCGCCUCUCGUGGUCUCAGCCAGUCGUGGUCUCAGCCUCAGAGCUUGCCUGAGUCCAUUCAGUCGAGUGUUUGCUCUUGCGUCUUGUUUCAUACUCUUGUCAAUCUCCACGGACCUAUAGCCAUGUACACAAAGUAUGUUUUCUGUAUGACAGUAAUUUUAUUGGUGAGCAUCAUAGUAUUCAGAGACGUAUAUGACGAGAACUAUGGCCAUGUUUACCAACUCCCCUUACCUGCCUUCACACUAAACUCUAGUCUGUGGGGAGAAAUACGACCUGGCCACGUGGACGCGCCUCGUGAGAAGGAAUUUAGAGAUACCACCUUUUCUUCCAACGUUGCAAGUACAGCAAGUGCAACAGUAGGGAGCGAUAACACACUGUGGGAUUCCGUGACCACAGCCACUACAGGUGCUGAGGAACCUUGGAACGGAAAUGCCGAACGUAGGAUGACUGAGAGAAGGGAGUCGGUUCGCUCUCAUUGUGGCCAGGUUGGGAAAUAUCCAUACAGUGUUCGGGUCACAAGUCAAAGGUCGCUAUACUACUCCGGGAAGUAUGAUCUUCUUGUGUGUGUUACUGCCAAGUCCGGUGCCUCUACCUGGAAGACGCACCUCCUCCGGAUGAAAGGAGUAGACGACCCUAUUAUACGUAAUCCUCAUUCCUUGAAGUACAGCACGAUGAUCCACGCCCUAACUCAGCUCGGAUAUGUCAAUCUGCAACAGAAACUGAAAUCGCCUUCUGCCACACGGGUCAUGACCGCCAGACACCCGCUUUCUCGUCUCGUCUCUGCCUAUCGGGACAAGUUUCGCGACGGUCAGGCUCCUCCUGGCUACCGCUGGGGCGCUCUCAUAAGGCAGUAUUGCGGCGACUGUAAGGAUAACAAUGGAACACUUCCCUUCCCCCAGUUCCUCAAGCUUGUGCUUGCUGAGAAGGCAGAUAAAGGCCUCAUAAACCUGAACCGUCACUGGCGUCCGUACUCGAGCAUCUGCAGCCCCUGCGCCAUUCAGUACGACUACAUCCUGAAGCAGGAAACCUUCGACGACGACCUCCACUACGUGACUGAGCAGCUCGAUCUCCGGGAGGUGGAACUCGGGACUCGAAACAACAACAAAAGCAACAGAACGCACCUUCCCACCUACCUGGAUUACUAUGACGACGUUCCAAGCGAAGUGCUGGGGCGAAUCUUCAAACUGUACGAGACCGAUUUUAGAAUCUUUGAUUACGAGAUUCCACAGUCUCUACUGGAUAGAGUAAAGCACUGAAACUAUGUAUGAAGGCCGGCCAAGUGGUUGUAUUACUUCGAUGAGGACUGUGAGGUCAAGUAGAACAUCGUGAUUCUGAAAUAAAGUUUAAAAAGUUGCAUGUAUGUUUAAUGUUAUUAUGAUAUGAUUGCUGGAUAAUAGUUUUUUUUUAUUAUCGUACUCGAACUCAUUUUGUGAUGUUUUGAUAAAAUGCUACAUUUUCAUGUUAAGUACUCACGUAUAAAAUCGCUUAUCUGUUAA